CCAAACAAUUCUUUUUUCUCUUUCCUUCUUUCUCUCUCUCUCUCUAGCUAUUUGAUAUAUAUGCGUGUAUGGAGAAUUUUUGUGCAGGAGAAACAAAAAGCAAUCUCUUGGUUUUGUUCAUAUAAAAGAUUUGGGAUUCUUCUUCUCUGAAAGUUUUCCAGAAAAAGUUGCUUGAGAUCGCAAUAGUUCCAGAGAAAGGAGAGAGAGAGCAUAAAAGGUUAAAAGAAACAGAGAAACCAGAAUUCUCGGAAAUGGUUUUCUCGCGUGAGAUUUUGUUUGCAGAGCAAGAGAAGGUUGAAGAUGGAGAGUGGGAGAAAGAGAGAUAAUAUUCACAAUCCCCAGUAGCAGCAGAGCAUAAAACAGAGCGAUACCUAUAUCUCUCUCUCUGUAUAUACACACACCUAGCUUUGUACUCAUCAAGUUUAUAUUUUUCUGCUUCUGCUGGGAAGAUUUUGCAAAUGUCUGCAACUAUAGUCAGUGAUCCAAUGGUGGUAUCAACCCCAGAAACCCAACCAUCUGCAGCAGCAGCAGCAACUAAACUAAUAGCAACACAAGCAGAAGAGUUCGCCAAAUGUGAUUGCUGUGGUCUAAUCGAAGAGUGCACUCCAGCUUACAUUGAAAGAAUAAGAGAGAGAUACCAUGGAAAAUGGAUUUGCGGACUCUGUGCAGAAGCUGUAAAAGAUGAGAUUGUGAGGGCUACAGAGAGGCUUAUCAGCACAGAAGAAGCCAUGGCUAGGCAUAUGAACUUCUGCAAGAAAUUUGUAUCAUCUGGCCCUCCUCCUGAUCCAACUAUCCAUUUGAUAUCUGCUAUGAGACAGAUUCUCAAAAGAAGUUUGGAUUCGCCAAGAAGAUUAAGAUCAACCCCAUCUAGUCCCACCAACGGUAAUGGACAAAUGAGGGCUUCUGUGCUUACCAGGUCUGAGAGUUGCUUCCCUACUUUGUCCAGCUGAGGCAUGAAGAUGUGGACUGUAACAGUGCAUUUGGGGCAAAUAAGAAAGUGAGGGAAAGAUCAAGAAAAUGAAAAAGAAAGAAGAGGGGGAAGAAAUUAGGAGCUUAAUGUAGUUAUGGUAGAUAUUAAAAUUAAAAAUAGAACUUCCUUGUCGGAAUAUGAAAUCCCAUUUUUCCUGAAACUCCAUGUUUCAGUUGUAUUUGUGAAAUUGUCUUCUCUUUAAAUUCUUGUUUUUUUUCUGUUUACUAAAUUAUAUGAACAUGUCUCAAAGUUUGAGUGUGGUUGGGCUAA